AUGCUCACCCUUUACUUGAUGAUUCUUUCUUUUGUCUUUUCAAUUUUCCUGGUCGCAACUGGCUCGCAGGCUCUAGCAUUACCCGUGGAUGGAUUUCAGUUAUUGGCUAAAAGAUUUGAUAACUCUUCGGAGUCGAUAGAUGCUGCUUCUUUGACAACUACUUCUACAUUGACUUCUACCAUUUUCGUUACUUUAUCGGAUGGUAGUACUUCUGCCAUUGGUACAACUACAAUGUUGUCUACGGGUGUUGUUUCUUCUGCUUCUGCUGAUCUUGCCUCUUCUACUGUUGCAAUCUCUGCUGCCGACGCAAAUUCUGAUGCCGAUGCAACCUCUGCUGUCGACGGCAAAGAUGCCGAUGAUAUUGCUUCACUUGCAUCAUCCCUCUCUGCUGCUUCUUCUGCCGCAUCCUUAUCUUCUGCCGCAUCCUUAUCUUCCGCUGAUCAAUAUUCCAGUUGUGUUCCUACCACUGUCACAGUCACCGUUUCUUCUGAGGACAAGGGCCUUGUUCCAGUGGCCCUGACCUCUUAUUCUACGCAGACUUCUACGAUUACCAUUCCAGUGACGGCAGUGAUCCCAAUAACUGCCGACAAUGGUUCCGUCAGUAACGUUACCGCCUCAACAUUCUUUACCACGGAAUUUGGCCAGACUCUCACAAGCACUUAUACCACUUGGUAUAGUAUUAACAGUGAUGGCAAGGAGGUUUCUUCUGAUCUCACCACAACUAUUACCGACAAUGUCUAUUUGACGACAACCGUUACAGGCAGUAACGCAACUACUUAUACCUACAACGCUGGUGCUGCCAGUAUCACCUCUUCAUCAAACACUACCGCUUCAGCUCUUGCAAAGCGUGGUUUCUGGAGUUUUUUUCUAUAA